AUGGCACCCAAAAGAAAAUCAAAGAGGCCGAUGUUGUUGUCGCAUACUCGACCUCCAAUCGCCAGGUCCAAGGGAGCCUCGCUCUCAGCCAAAGCGACCCGCACUCUAAUCCGCUCUCAUCAUCGACUUCUCAAAGCUCGGGCGCAAGCCCUAGCAGCCGGCGAUGAAGCCAAAGUCAGCAGUAUUGAUGCUCAAAUCCAAGCCAACGGCGGUUUGGAGAGUUAUCAGAUCGCCAGUAAACUGGGCCAAUCCAUGGAUCGUGGCGGUGAUUCCAGCAAAGUCCUCAUCGACUGGAUCAAGCCGCAGCUGAAUCAAUGGAACAAGACCAUUCCGAAGCUCCGCGUCCUUGAAGUCGGUGCUUUGAGCACCAAAAACGCUUGCUCUAUCAACCCGGCAUUGGAUGUUACGCGCAUCGACUUGAAUUCCCAAGAGUCUGGAAUUCUCAAGCAGGAUUUUAUGGAACGGCCUUUGCCUGAGGGUGAGGAUGAACGUUUCAAUAUAAUCAGUCUGUCUUUGGUGCUUAACUAUGUCCCUGAUGCCACUGGACGAGGCGAGAUGCUCAAGCGGUGUGUCCAGUUCCUGACCUCGAAAUGCCCAAUUGAGCUUGCGCCAAGUCUUUUCCUCGUGUUGCCGAUUGCAUGCGUCGAUAACUCACGCUACCUUAACGAGGAAAGGCUUGGAGAGAUUAUGAAUUGCUUGGGAUUCCGUCUUACUCAAAGCAAACGAACUUCGAAGCUCGUCUUUCAUCUUUGGGAACAUACGGGUGACUACUCGCCUAAGUCUUUCAAAAAGGAGGAGUUAAGGUCCGGCGGGACAAGAAACAAUUUCGCUAUCAUUCUCAACAAAAAGUGA